GCGCAGUCCUUCCUACCCUUUGCCCAACUUCUUCCCAGUUCUCUGUCAAUCUUGGCGACUUGAGGAGGCAGCAGGAUGUCGGCUCCGCUGAGGUUUGACGGGAGAGUGGUCCUGGUCACCGGGGCGGGAGGAGGUCUUGGUCGAGCAUAUGCACUGGCUUUUGCAGAAAGAGGAGCCUCUGUAGUUGUGAAUGAUCUCGGGGUUGACAUUAAAGGUAUUGGAAAAAACUCUUCAGCUGCUGACAAAGUUGUGGAGGAAAUAAGGGCCAAAGGUGGAAAAGCAGUGGCUAAUUAUGAUUCAGUGGAAGCUGGUGAGAAGCUUGUUCAAACAGCACUGGAUGCAUUUGGAAGGAUAGAUAUUCUGAUCAAUAAUGCUGGGAUACUGAGGGACCGUUCAUUCGUUAGGAUCAGUGACGAAGACUGGGAUAUUAUUCACAAAGUACAUCUGAGGGGCUCCUUCCUGGUAACCCGAGCUGCAUGGAACCACAUGAAAAACCAGAAAUUUGGAAGAAUAAUUAUGACUUCCUCGGGUGCUGGAAUAUAUGGAAACUUUGGACAGGCCAAUUACAGUGCUGCCAAACUUGGCCUUUUGGGUCUCGCAAACACCCUUGCAAUUGAAGGCAGGAAGUACAACAUCCAUUGUAACACCAUUGCCCCCACUGCAGGAUCCAGGCUUACCCAGACCGUUAUGCCUCAAGAUAUGCUGGAUGCGUUUAAGCCAGACUAUGUGGCUCCUCUGGUCCUUUGGCUUUGUCAUGAAAGUUGUCAAGAGAAUAGCGGAUUGUUUGAGGUUGGAGCUGGCUGGAUUGGAAAAUUACGCUGGGAACGAUCCCUGGGAGCCAUUGUCAGACAGAAGAACCAUCCAAUGACACCGGAAGAUGUGCAAAAUAAAUGGGAAAAGAUCUGUGACUUUGAUAAUGCGAAUCACCCCCGGACUAUCCAAGAAUCCGUCAGCAUGCUGAAUGAUGUGUUAAGUCAAAUAGAAUCUCAAGAUGUCUCCCCAAAUCCCACAAGCCACACUACAUCAGCAUUCUCCACAGGCAUUGACCCUACAAAGGCUAUUGGCCAGAAGAUGCCUCCACUCACCUAUGAAUACACUCAUUUGGAGCCCAUCUUGUAUGCACUUGGUGUGGGCAUGUCAACAAAAGAUCCAGACCACUUGAAGUUCCUCUUUGAAGGAAGUGAGGGAUUUUGCUGUCUUCCUAGCUUUGGAGUCAUACCAGCUCAGGCCUCCAUGAGUGCUGGCAUGUCUGAUAUUCCAGGCCUUGCAAUCGAUUUUACAAAGGUAUUACAUGGUGAGCAGUAUCUGGAAAUAUAUAAGCCAAUACCUACAUCAGGAAGACUAAUUUCAGAAGCCACUGUUGCUGACAUUCUCGAUAAAGGCUCAGGAGCAGUUUUACUCAUAGAUGUCCACACAUAUUCUGGAAAGGAUCUGGUAUGCUACAAUCAAUUCGCUGUGUUUGUUGUUGGAGCUGGUGGUUUCGGUGGAAAGCGCUCAUCUGAGAAAGGCAAAGGGACAGUGAAUCUGCCCAACAGACCACCGGAUGCUGUAGCCACUGAUGUCACUACAGUAGAUCAGGCUGCUUUGUAUCGACUGAGUGGGGAUUCAAAUCCUUUACACAUCGAUCCGAGUUUUGCUGCCCUUGGAGGAUUUCAGAAGCCCAUCUUGCAUGGUCUUUGUUCCUUUGGAUUUGCUGCCAGACAUGUUUUGAAACACUUUGCAAAUAAUGAUGUCACCAAGUUCAAGGCAAUUAAGGUGCGUUUUGCAAAACCAGUUAUUCCAGGACAAACCCUGCAAACUGAGAUGUGGAAGGAAGGGAACAGGAUUCAUAUUCAGACCAAGGUCAAAGAGACUGGGAACAUUGCAAUUGCAGGAGCAUAUGUGGAUUUGACAUCAACCUCUGACCAGCCUUCAGCUAAGCAGCCUUCAGCUAAGGGAGCAGGGUUGCUGAGCGACCUUGUGUUUGAAGAAAUUAGUCGUCGCAUCAAAGAGGAUGGAAAUCAGCUGGUCAAGAAAGUAAAUGCUGUAUUUCAAUGGAACAUCACUAAGGACGAAAAGACUGCAGUGCAGUGGACCAUAGACCUAAAGAAUGGCUCUGGGGAGGUGUAUCAAGGGCCGGCCCGUGGAAAAGCAGACACCAUUUUCACCGUGUCGGAUGAAGACUUUUUGGAUGUGGUACUAGGCAAGACAAACCCACAAAAGGCAUUUAUGUCUGGUAAGCUAAAAGUUAAAGGAAACAUCAUGCUGAGCCAGAAGCUGGGGACGAUACUCCAACAAUAUUCGAAGCUGUGAAUUCCCUCUUGGAUUGAGCUGGCCUGUGAAGAAGAAAGGAGACAUUUCUUUUUCAGAAUAUCCUGAAAUCUUAUGCAAAUCUUCCAUUACAUAACAUCUGACUUUAGACUUUAUUGCUAACAUUCAAGUUGCCUUGAUUCUUGCCGAUUCAGGUAGUUGGUGUAGAUGCAGCGGGUUAACAUGAUAUUGACCUCCUUUUCUCUUCUUUCUUCUGUGUUGAAAGUUUUGAAGCCUUUUACUUGUUCUUGAGACCUUCUUCCAGUUAAAACGCAUAUAGGUAAGAUAUUUCUGUAUGAAAUGAACACUUCAUUAAAUAAAACAUACUUUGAUAACA